GCUAGGGCAUGCCGCCCUCAGGAGGAGGGGCCUGGGCGGCAGCGGCUCAACCGCGCCCGCGGCAGCCGCAGAAGCGGCGGCGAUACGCGAUGGGGCAGCGGCGGUGAUGGCGGAGCCGCGGCAGGAGUCGGUGGUGCGAUUCCUGGCGGAGCGGGGCGGGCGGGCGCGCAACGCGGAGCUGCUGGAGCAUUUCCGGGACUGGCUCACCCCCACCGAGCCCGGCCGCCGCGCCGCCGCCCGCCACCGCUUCAAGGAGCUGGUCAACGCCGUGGCCACCGUGCGACAGGAGCCCGGCAGUGGUGUCAAGUACGUGCAUCUCCGCCGACGGUACUGUGCGCCGGAGCCCUCCGCCGCCGCCGCCCUGACCCCCGGAGAGGAGCCGGCGGCGGUGGGGGACAGCGCAGAGCGGCCGAUUCUGCCGCCCUCCCCGCAGGCGGGCGCUGAGGAGGCGCCGCCGCCAGGCGAGGAUGCUGGCAGCCGCUCUCAGCCCGCAGGGCGGCGGGGCGAAGCUCCCCGGCCGAGCCCGGUGGCGCCUGGAGGCCAAAGGAAGGGUUCGCGGCGGGGGCCGCCGCCUGGGCGCGGCGGAGGAGCAGGCGGCGGCGGCGGCGAGGAGACCGCGGUAGCGGAGGGCCCGGGGCGGCCUCCGCCGGCGGAGGAGCCUGGGGCGGCGGAGGGCCCCCUCGGACCAGCGGCGCAGAGCGGUGGCCGCCGGAGCCUGCGGGAGACGGCGCGGGGCGGUUCUCCCCAGCAGAAACGUGGAGCCCUCCCCGGGGGGGGCCGCAGCCGCGGCGGCGACUCGGACAGCGCCUCGGUGGCCUCGUCAUCCGCCGAGGAGGAGGGGAGUACCACCGGUGCCGUGGCCCUGGACCCCCUGGAGCACGCCUGGAUGCUGUCGGCCUCGGACGGGCGAUGGGAGAGCCUGGAGGGGCUGCUAAGCUGCGAGCCGGCGCUGCUCUGCAAGCGGGACUUCAUCACCGGCUUCACGGUUCUGCACUGGGCCGCCAAGCACGGGCGGCAGGAGCUGCUGGCCACGCUGGUCAACUUCGCCCAGCGGCACCAGCUGCCUGUGGAUAUCAACGCCCGCACCAGCGGCGGGCACACCGCGCUGCACAUAGCCGCCAUGCACGGGCACGCCGAAGUGGUGAAGCUGCUGGUAGGAGCCUACGACGCCGAUGUGGACAUCCGCGACUACAGCGGGCGCAAGGCCGCCCAGUACCUGCACCAGGGCACCUCGGGGGAUAUGCGCAGCCUCGUGGGUGCCCUGGAGGAGGAGGAGGAGGAAGAGGAAGGGGCCACUGGCAAUGGGAGCGGACGCUGGCGGCUCUCUAAGGUGUUGCCCUCCAAUCUCAUGAGCUACCGCCUUUCCCACCACCACCACCAUCACAGCGCUGGGGAGGAAGCUGAGGGCACCGAAGGGGCAGCGGUGCCAGGCAAGGGCAAGGAGAUGACCAGGAAAGCCUCCGGCAGCGGGCGGAUGAAGCCUCGGCUUAACAAGAUCCGCUUCAGGACUCAGAUCAUCCACAACACUCCCUCCUUUCGCGGUGACGCUGAGGAGGAAGAGCACGAGGAGAAAUCCCUGAAAGCAUCGUUCAAGCUCAGGCCAAAGUCCAAUGUCUUUGGAUAAGGCCGAGGACCAGGAGGUCUGGGAAGUGGGCACAUGGACCAAAAGGUGUAGCACAGAAGGUGAGGCAGGUACCUGGUGGGUGCUAAUCCACACCCACACACUUGGCAGGUGGGGUUUGAGUAUCUUAACUCCCAGUUCGGUGGGGUCAGUGAUCCCAGUGUGUCAGCAGGGGCUCUGGUGGCUUACAGCUCCCGAGAGCAGCUGCUUCGGCUGGGCUGUUGGUGCUGAAAUGAGAGGCUGGCUAUGGGUGCGUUGGGAAACACUGGGGUGUUUAAAAGCUAUGCUCCUUUUUCUCUAAAAGCAGCCUUCAGGGUUGGAAACCUGUGUUAGUGAAUCUGCUAGGAUUAGCGAGUUGAGUGAGGGAGAGAAAAGUACAAAUGCUCUACUCUUAUAUUAUCAACCGGUACUAUUAAAAUACUUACAAACAUCUUGCUAUAUCAGAAGAACACCUCAGUUAUAUGCAAAUAUAUUUCAAGUUUCUCUUUGACAGCAAUAUCACCUUGCACAUUGUGGAGUUAGGUACCCUAAAUGAGAUGGUAGAUAAUGGUUUCUUGUCAGAAUCCAAGCUUCAAUCCAUCAAAGACUUAAGCUUGUGUUGACUUUAUGCAUUGAAAAUUGCCUCAUUUGACAUCGUAAAUAUAUUUUUCUAAAAAAUAAUCCUUUGCACUGCAAACAAUGAAUAAAGUUAACCACAUGCAGAAGUCUAUGCUGUCUGAGGUACUACUGAGCUUGCUUACCUUACCGCUGUUAGAAUGCUAAUACAAGAUAAUGGAAGCAAAGAAUCUUUUUAUAUAUUUGGUAUCUUAUGUUUUGUCUUAGGCAAAGCAAUUUUAUUUUAAUCACUGUGAAUUCUCAAGUGCCAGACCUAGUGCAGUUCCAGUAAUUAAGUCUGGUCAGUUCUUGUUAAUGUUGUUUGUGUAGCUCACUGCAUUUAAAAUCAGAAAAAUUGCUGAAAAUGUGUUGUGUGUGCUACCUGUAAAAGUCAUUCUCCUUUAGAAAAGAGCGCAGACACCACUGCAUGAAAUCUUCAUGAAACACUAAUACGGUCCUGUAAUGUAAUAGCUACAGGUCUGGGUUCACUAGUGACUUCUGUGCCAAUCCCUUCAACUGACUCUGUGCAGAAAUGCAGAAAAAAAUUCAAAAGAGAAAGAAGAAAAAGAGGUAUGUGAAUUCACACAUAGGGUGAAUGAUUAGAACUCUGAAACUAUCCCUGUUUAUCAUCCUGAGUGAAAGCAGUCUAAUGACAUGUUCUAGGCAAGUGAUGGCAAUGGUGUUUGGGUUCUUUUAAACCUGUAUUUCCUGAGAAGUGAUAACCAAGUCUUUGAACUCUUGUUUAACAACCUGGCGAGUCUUAAUCUGAUUGACAAGCCUAUCCGUCUGCUAAAGCUUUCAGAAACCUUGAAUCUUGUUUCUCUGCUUUAAAGGUAGCAAUAUCAGUGAAAUCUAGGAGGCAGAUUUGUAUCCAGAUUCAGCUUUCCUUAGGAAUGAGGUAUUGAGCUGACCCUGGAUCCUAAAUGCUGCUCACAGUAGCAGCUCAUAGGUGCUUAGCUAUUAAGGUACUGCCAGUUUCAAUGCAACAUUUGUCAAAGCAUGUUUCAGGUUGGCUUCCUCAGAAUGCCUGUGCAUGUCUGACUAGUAACUAACCAAAAGUAGAUAGUCUUUUACGUGUUAAAAUCCAGAUCUAAGACACUGAUUAAGUGCAUGUCACAAGCUCUAAAACACCUCACAGGGAAACUGCUGCUGAGUGUUGAGCACUUUGAAGGUAACAGCUGUCUAGCUGUUGCUGGUGGCUUAUAUUUCUUGUAGCAGCAGGGGAAGGAAGUGAUAGCGAUUCAUUGGUUUCAGACUUCCCAUGCAGAUAAAUUACCAAUUCCUGUUCUUUAUGUCAAAACCUAAUGAAUGGCAGUAUUUGCAUAGGCUUGCAAGCGACACUUCGCUAUUUCUGGGAAAAGUUAUGUGAGGAAAAAAAAAAGAAUCUCUGCAUAGCAUUAACUUUUGUGCAGAAAGACUAGGAAUUAUACAGAGGUUCACCUUUAGUUUACAGUUUAUAAACUAUAUUAUUAUAGAUUUCAUGUGCCUUCAUUUUGGAUUGGUUGCCACAAAUACGAUGGGUAAAAUCACUCUUGCAAAGCACUUUGUCUUUACAUCUGUAGGACAGGACCAGAAAUGUUCCCUCAGCCCUUCCCAAUGAACCUGUAAACUUAUACAAUAUGGGGUGUCUGAAAGGGGAUUAAUAAUCAUAUGGAUUACACCAUAGAGCUAAUUCUUUUGUAACAAACAAGAGAAUUAAAUGCCUAAGUCUUAAACUUCCUUCACUCUGGAAGAUAAAUAAAACUGCUAUUUAUUAGACUUGUGUAGAAAUGAAGUUUCCUGACUGGACACUUGCAACAUGAGCUCUCUUCAGCAUGGGCACUUCUGAAUUGAGCACAUAUUCCAUACAGCUGCCGUUGUCCAAAUCUCAUUAAGCUAACUUUCUGCUUUGAGAGUUUAUAGUUCUUUCAUAUGAGCUGUUGAGUGAAGUGUUAAUCUCAUCACGUGCAAAUAGCAAAGAAUUGCACAAAAAUAUUGAGUCUUAGGUAGCUGUUGGGGUCUGGGGAAAUAAUUUGAGGGUUUCAAUGCUUUGGGAUUUGGAAUAUAGAACACUUUGGAUUUUAAAAGGCUAACUGGAACAUAGUUUUAUCUUGCAUAACACAGUGGCACUUCAGUAGUUACUAGGGGAACUUGAAAAAUAGUAAGAAGAUGCCUCAUUUAUAACUCAAUAUUUGAAGUAUCGAAGUGAAACUGUUGGUCUACUAAUACUGUUGAGUUGUCAGUUCACGAAAUUUCACCAUAAUGGUCCAGAGGUCUUUGCGGCGGUGGGGGGGUGAUGUGAACAGAGCAAACAUCUCUUUUGGUGUUUGUGAUAUGUUGACAAAUGGCUAGAAAACCACUAGAGUCUGUCUGUGCUACAGGACUGAAGCACUUUGGCUUCACAUUAUGACUUGUUACAUUCCACAUGGUUACUUUUUAUAACAUGAGCUAAAACUCAAAGGUUUUUUGGACAUAGGAAAGGCUUGAUGCCCUGUGUUUCAGAAUAUUUACAGUCCAAAGGUACGUUUGAGUCAAAUAUUUUGGAUACAUUGCCUAGAAAGAUGUGAAUUUGAAAUAAAGUUGUGUGGUACAGAAAACUGGAGCACUUAGUGUUGUCUUUUUAAUGGUAUGCCUGAAGUUACUGAAUGUGUUAAUUCACUUUUUAUGAUGGUGUGUAAGGCAGCAAGACUGUAAUGUAAACAUCUAAUAUCUUUUAUUGUAUCUUAUGUUUAAAAUAUUUUAGAGGCCUGAAAGCCUGCCAGUUUUUAUUAAUACAACUUUUUAUGGGUUUCUUCCUGAAUGGAUAUGUGUUAACAAGCUGUAAGCUUUAGUUUUACUGAAAUAAAAAGAGCCCAUUAAUUGUU